CCUCAAGCGUCAGCAGUGGUUUUUCGGGUUGAUCCGACUUCUUUUGGCCGCUGUGAGUUAACUGUAUCAUAAAGGGUGCUGUAACUCGUAGGAGGAGGGGGGGCUGAAUUGUCAUAAUUCUCCCGAUAGGUUACACAUCCGGAGUCCGACGAUCUUAAUUUGUCGCUCCUUUUCCCUUAAAAGAGAGCGACUUUUAUUGUUUUUAUUAAUUUAUUCCAUUGCUCUUAGUUUAUGGUUUGCACACUGGGAGGGCAGAAAUGGCGGCCAACAUGUACCGGGUCGGAGAUUAUGUAUUUUUUGAGAACUCCUCCAGUAACCCUUACCUGAUCCGUCGGAUAGAAGAGCUCAAUAAGACUGCCAGUGGGAACGUGGAGGCCAAGGUAGUUUGUUUCUACAGAAGGAGAGACAUCUCCCACAGCCUCAUCCAGCUUGCAGAUAAACAUGCAAAGGAGCUGGAGGAGGAGAAGGAGAACCCAACAGACACAGAGCUAACAGAAAAACAAAAACACCAGCUCCGCCACAGAGAGCUCUUCCUCUCCCGGCAGUAUGAGAGUCUACCUGCGACGCACAUCAGGGGGAAGUGCAGUGUCGCAUUAUUGAAUGAGACUGAAGCCGUUCUUUCAUACCUUGACAAAGAGGAUACCUUCUUCUAUUCCCUGGUGUAUGACCCCACACAGAAAACUCUGUUGGCUGACAAAGGAGAGAUCAGAGUGGGACCGCGCUUUCAGGCAGACGUACCUGAAAUGCUACAAGAGGGUGAGGCAGAUGACAGAGAUCAAGCAAAACUAGAAGAGAAACUGUGGGAUCCAGAGUGCCCACUCACCAACAAACAGAUAGACCAAUUCUUAGUGGUGGCACGGGCGGUUGGGACCUUUGCCCGAGCGUUGGACUGCAGCAGCUCUGUUAGACAGCCAAGCUUACACAUGAGUGCGGCUGCAGCCUCUCGAGAUAUCACGCUGUUCCAUGCAAUGGACACGCUGCAUCGUCAUAAUUACGAUCUGUCCAGUGCACUGAGUGUACUGGUCCCAGCGGGGGGCCCGGUGCUCUGCAGGGAUGAGAUGGAGGAGUGGAGUGCCUCGGAAGCUGCCAUGUUUGAAGAGGCAUUAGAGAAAUAUGGAAAAGACUUCAAUGACAUCCGACAAGACUUUCUGCCGUGGAAGUCUCUGACCAGUAUCAUAGAGUAUUACUACAUGUGGAAGACCACAGACAGAUAUGUGCAACAGAAGAGACUGAAGGCAGCAGAGGCAGAAAGCAAGCUGAAGCAAGUUUAUAUCCCCACAUAUAACAAACCCAACCCCAACCAGAUCUCGAUGACCAAUGGCAAGAUGGCGACAGUGAAUGGUGCAGGCCCCGGGGCCUACCACACAGCAGGAGGGGGCAGAGCCUGCGAGAGCUGCUACACCAUGCAGUCAGCCCAGUGGUAUUCAUGGGGGCCUCCAAACAUGCAGUGUCGUCUAUGCGUCUCCUGCUGGAUGUACUGGAAGAAGUACGGUGGCCUGAAGAUGCCAAGCAGAGCUGAGGGCCCAGAGGAGAGGACCUCACCCAGUCCAGCAAGCAAUGAGUCUCGCUCAAGGGGUCAUGCUCCUCGCCAGUCCAACCACAUGGUGCCGAUGCGAAACAGCAACAGCCCCAAAUCCUCCAUGAAGACCAAGCAGGCUUUCCUGCUGCAGGCCACCCGCCUCACCAAGCUGGCCCGGCACAUGUGCCGUGACAUCAUCAGGCUGCGCCGUGCUGCGCGCCGGCCCUUUGUCCCCAUUAACUGUGGGGCCAUAAAGGCAGAGUAUAUGUUAAGGGUGUCGGAAGGGCAGGGGACUCGCCUACCUAAAACCAGAGCCGCCCAAAGGAGCACUCUGACCAGUGUUCUGCAGUUUCUAGAGUCCCGUCCAGCAACCCACGCCCCUCGCUCCCACCGCACCCCAGGCCUGCAGACGCCUCCCCCUCGACGCCUCCUCUCCUCUCUACCGCAUGGCCCUCACGGCAUGCUGGGGAAACGCAGCUAUCAUCACCACAGCAGGGCUGACCCCGACAGGCGCACAGAGAACCCAGGUACAACAGGUGGACCUCUCAUGCAUAAUGGCCGCAACAGCAGCAGUGGAAGUACCAGGGGAGGAGUGAUGAUCCGCAAGAGGCGCCCUAACUGGAUUGAUGCCCCCGAUGACAGCUUCUUCCUUGUCACACGGGAGACCAGGCGGGCUCGACGGAUGCUGUCGCGUUCCCAGCUGAGGCACGCUUGUCGGCAACCCUGUGAGCAAAUCACCCUGCGCAGGGUUUCCCAGGGCCCACCGCAGGGGCUUGUCCUUGCCCCUCCGCACCCUCACCCCAGCUUGAGAAUGCGAGGCCCCAUCGUCAUCCACGAUUGAUCGGACACGAACUCUCCGAUCGCCACUCCACCUCCUGCAUACACACUAAUGAAUUCUCACCACCUGUUCUGCCAUUAAAUCCUCAAAUUUUUCUUUGCUUUUAGUCCUAAAAUUACCAUUGUAUCCCCUGACAACACUUAAACAAGCUGUCUGUUUGGUAACAGAAGGAUGCGAUGAGCUGCGAUGCAAUAGAAACAUAAGCCUGACCUGACUGCAAGUGCUGCCUGUCUCUACUCCCUUGGGGAUUAUGUUUGUAUAUGUAUAUAUACUGUAUUUGGGUGCAUGUAGAGAGUGUGUGUGUAUGAAUGUAUGUGUGUGAUCACAUCAACCAACACAUGAGGGAGAGAUGAGAGUGAAUGUUGAUGUCUGCUGUUCUUAGUUUUUAUGGGAUGGACGUAACGACAGAAUUUUGUGUGACCUUUGUGUCGAUGGUGAAUUCUCGUGAAGUUUUAUCAGUUUGUAUAAAGUUAUUAUUUUUUUGGGGGGGGGCAUGGGGGCUGAAUUAUAAAAUGGGGAAGGGGUAGCGCUGCAUUUCUGGGGCGUGAGGUUCUUUUAACAUGGGUAAAGAGACACAUGUCCACUGCUGACAUUAAAAAAGAUACUGCACUAUACUGAGGCUGAGACCGACGGUCAUUUAAGAGACAGCUGCUUUGAAUUGUGUUUUACAUUCAGUCAUUCACGCUCGUUUUGAAGUCUAAAUAAAUGAGCUGGAGUCAGUGUUGAAGAGAGAUGAGAUGUGUGUGAGAAGUGGGGUCUGUUAUGCUAAUUUCUGGCUCCAUGUUUCUAUUCUUGGACUCUACUGGAGAGGCUUUGCAUCAUUCACUCAGGCUCAGAAUAAUCCUCAUAUACUGGGCCUUGGUUCAGCCCAUCACAAGUAAAAUACGGCGUUUUAGUUCAUUUCCCUUAAAGCCAGCUUUCACCUGAUUCGCUGCUUCUUGCAAACGGAAGGUCUGAAAAGCAUUCAGUCCUACGAGUGGAAAAAGCUGUCUGACGCCUAAGCCUUUGUCUCAUACGGAUAUACAUUUGGCAUGUUUAAAUGUGCCACAUUAUGCCUUCCUUAUUAUCUGUCUUUUAUGUACAGCUACAAUUUUGAAUGCUGAUAAUAAACAUGGCCACAAUUUCAAAUAAUGAGGUUAGUGUAUGUGAAAAUAAUCCCUAUGAGCCAAAUGCUCAGUUUCAUACAGUUUUUCCUACUCUUGUUAUGAUAACAGAAGCCCCACCCACCUGUUGUUUAAACCUUCUGUUUAUGAGGGGCAGCCAAUUAGAUGACUUAAAAGGAUGGGGGACAUAGUUAAAACAGCUUGUUUCACACAGAGGAUCUAAGGGGCUGCACAAAGGCUGAAAAUAAAAAAAUAAAUAAAGAGUAUUUUGAACUGAUAAUCAUGCAAAGCUACCUUAGUCGUGUCCAUGGAUAGAAAUAUAGACCAAAAAUUAGUAGAGUAGAUCCUCUUAAUACGAGCAUCACCCUUGUAAAAUUAUAUAUAUAUGACAAAAAUAAGAAAAAGCAUAAUGGGCCCACUCUAAAAAAAAAUGUGUAUAACGUUACCCAAGAAGCUGUCAGUUAUUCAUGAUGAAUCUGCUUGAAGUACAAGACAGAGAAAUUAAGAGCCAGCUUACACUAAACAACAUAAACUUCCCACAUAAACCACUGUAUUAUAUAUUGUAUAUCUCAUUACACCACUGUAAAUUUAACUCAUCCUAUUUCUAUGGCAAGUUGUAUCUACAUAUCCCUAACAUGGGUAUAAAGCACUUCCUUCACAGCAGAAAAGGGCAUGGAUCUGUCAUAUUUCCCUCAAGGCUGUAAUGUCCCAGCAACUUUUUGAGGCAUAAAAACACAUGCAACUUUGCCAGCAGUUGUUUGCUAUUUGCUAACAUUAUCUGCUUUAUGUUCUUUAAAGCUAACACUUGCGUUUUUCCUGAUUUUAACCCCAAACCCCACCCCGGCUGUACGACUGUAUCGCCAGAGGGUGUUGCCUCAAAAAGUUGCCUGUCAGCACAUCCGGCCUUAAGGUGUGUUUAUUCUAAGUUUUAAAACUGGCAUUGCCGCCGCAUGUCUUUGAGGUGAGAGCCUCGGCUGACCGAUGGGUCACAUGAUUUCUUCUCUUUCAUUCAGAAUGUUUAUGUUUGUGUUUCCUGUAUGUCAUGUGUUGAAUUAUGAAUAUGCUGAGACCAAUAAAAGAGAAAAACAA